AGCCGUCAAACACAGCGCCGUCAGCUCAAUUCUUGAAUUUGUAUUUUUCUUUUGAAUAUACAAAUUUUUCUGGUUACGAAGACAAAACAAGACAGGAAACAUAAUGGAAGCUACUUUUCUUUUAGUUUAAUUUUCUAUUGCUGUGAGUCAAGCAAAUCCAACUUUGAUUUUAGCAUUUAACUUUGAUAAAUAUCACUGCUCAGUGCUCCUUAUAUCUCUCUCUAAGCUCUCUUUCACCAUCUCGAUCGACACUAUAAGAUUCCAUCGCUAUCGCACAAGUCAGAUUCAGUGGAUAAAGGAUAAAAGAUUUUCAUGACUACUCCAAUCUAUCACACAUAUAUAGUUCAGGUUCCAGAACAACAGCAGAAAAUGAAGAUCGCUAUUUGUUCAAUUCAAGCAUAAUUAGAUUUGAGAACUAGGAAUACAUAUCAGUAUCAUCACCGAUGGAGUCAUCUUCGAGUAUCUGUUUGCUGAUACUUCUGGUCUUAGCUCUACUACAAAUCGAUACAACAAUAGGUGCACCAAGAGCUCAACUAAUUGAGAUGCCUUGUGGGAAAGACAGAGAAGCAAACACAAGUAUUUUUACCGUCAACUUCGUCACCACCAUGGAAGCCAUCAGUGAUCAGAUGAGAACUACUGGUUAUGGAGAAGCAGUUACGGGUGAAGAGCCUAAUGCAAAUUUUGGCCUUUCCCAAUGCUAUGGAGACCUCACCUUAGUUGAUUGUGCACUUUGCUAUGCUCAGAUGCGUAGUUUGCUUCCACAAUGUUAUCCCUACAACGGUGGGAGUAUCUACCUUGAUGGUUGUUUCAUGCGAGUUGCAAAUUACAGCUUCUAUGACGAAUAUAAAAGUCCUCGAGACAAGGCAAUAUGUAACUCGAAUGGAACACGAAAAAGCACAAAGUUUCAGGAAUCGGCACGUAGAGCUGUUACAGAUGCAGCUGCAAGGGCACCAGGAAAUGGGGGAUAUGCAAAAUCUCAAGUGCUGGUGCCGGGAAAGGGAAAUGAAUCGGCCUAUGUUCUUGCAAAUUGCUGGAAAAAACUGAGUCAGAGUUCUUGCAGAGCAUGUUUAGACACUGCUGUAUCUUCCAUUAUUGGAUGUUUACCAUUGUCGGAGGGGCGGGCAUUAAACACUGGUUGCUUCAUGAGGUAUUCUGACACAAGUUUCCUUAAUGAAGAACCACAGAGCCCUGGAAUGUCAAAAGGGAAAAUUAUUGUGAUUGUAGUUGUCGUUCUGAGUGCUGCGAUUCUUUUAGCAAUUGGGGCAGCUAUUGGAAUUUAUGCUAGGAAGCAGAAAAUUAUUGAAAAGAAAAGAAAAGGCUCAACUGAUGAUGCCGUGAAGAUGGCGAAGCUCCUUCACGACAGUAGCUUGAACUUUAAGUUCUCUGUCCUGCAGAAGGCCACAGGAUCUUUUGAUGAAGCAAACAGGCUUGGCCAAGGAGGGUUCGGAACAGUUUACAAGGGAGUGUUGGCUGAUGGAAGAGAAAUUGCCGUGAAGAGACUUUUCGUUAAUAACAAGCACAGAGCUGCAGAUUUCUAUAAUGAAGUUAACAUAAUUAGCAGUGUGGACCACAAGAAUCUGGUUAGGUUGUUGGGUUGUAGUUGUUCCGGCCCCGAAAGCCUUCUUGUCUAUGAAUAUCUCCCAAACAAGAGUCUUGAUCAUUUCCUCUUCGAUAACAAUAAAGCUCAAGCACUGCUGUGGGAGAAGCGAUUAGAGAUAGUUAUUGGGACAGCAGAAGGUUUGGUUUACCUUCACGAAAACACCAGCAAUAGAAUCAUUCACAGAGAUAUAAAAGCCAGCAACAUUUUGUUGGAUUCAAAACUCCGAGCUAAAAUUGCAGAUUUUGGGUUAGCUAGGUCUUUCGAAGAAGAUAAAACUCACAUCAGCACCGCUAUUGCAGGAACCUUAGGAUAUAUGGCGCCCGAGUACCUAGCACAUGGGCAAUUAACAGAAAAAGCAGAUGUGUAUAGUUUCGGGGUUCUGUUGCUAGAAAUUGUUACCGGAAGACAGAACAAUAGGAGCAAACAUGUGGACUUCUCAGACAGUCUUAUCACAGCAGGGUGGAAAAAUUUCCAAAUGGGUACAGCAGAAACACUCUUCGACCCGAAUUUGAUGUUCCAUCACUACAACGAUGAAAGUGACUUGAAAAAGGGUGCAUUGAGGGUUAUUCAUGUGGCACUUCUUUGUACACAAGAGAUACCUUCGUUAAGACCAUUUAUGUCGAAAGUCCUAGAGAUGCUUUUGAACAAGGAAUAUAACCUCCCUGCACCAACGAAUCCCCCCUUUAUUGAUGAGAACACCAUGGAGCUCAAUGAUAAUUCCAGCGCAUCUAAUCCGUUCCACGCCAUUUCUUGCCCUUCAGUUGCUAGUGUGUCUCACAGUUCUUUCUACCCAAGGUAACUUCAAAAGGCUAAGUACAAACGUACCGGAAAAGUUUUGGCUAGCUAAAUAUGUUGUUGAAAGGAGUUAGAUACAUAUUAUGGCACAGUUUUGACAUUUCAGAAGACAUUAUGGGAAAUUGGUUACAUAUUAGAGUUGUUAUGCGAUGGAAGGCAUAAUAUGUAUGACGGUCCUAUAAAUCUUAUUGAUAAAGGAAGAAGCUAGAUACAUGUCACUAAUUCAUUUCAUCAUUCCCUUUAUAUUGAGAUAAAAAGUUUAUUGUUUGACUGGAAUGUAAGAAGGGAUGAUUCUGUUUCGUA